AACCCCGCUCCCUCUGCCCCCCCGCCCCAAGGUUGGCCCUCCUGGGGCAACCAGCCACCGGCUCCUGGGGGGUUCCCGGCGUACCCUGGCCCUCCGGGGCCCUAUCCUGGAGCACCAGGGCCCUAUCCUGGAGGACCAGCAGGACACGGACCCUAUCCGGGAGCACCUGGAGCAUUCCCUGGAGCACCAGCAGGACCGGGGCCGUAUCCUGCCCCAGGACAACCACCCAGUGGCCCUGGAUUUGGGCCCCCUCCUCCGCAGGGGGGACCGGCUCCUCCGAUGAAAGUCCCCUUCGAGCUGCCCCUGCAGGCUGGACUCGUCCCUCGGCUGCUCAUAACCAUCACGGGGAGCAUCAACCCCAACCCAAACAGGUUUUCACUGGAUUUCAAGAAAGGGAACGAUAUUGCCUUCCACUUCAAUCCCCGCUUUAAUGAAGACAACAGGAAAGUCAUCGUCUGUAAUUCGAUGUUCCAGAAUAACUGGGGAAAGGAGGAGAGGACAGCUCCGCGGUUUCCAUUUGAAGCUGGAAAACCCUUCAAGCUCCAGAUCCUUUGCGAGGUGGAUCACUUCAAGGUAGCGGUCAAUGAUGCCCACUUGCUGCAGUACAGCUUCCGCGAGAAGCGGCUGAACGAGGUCACCAAACUCUGCAUUGCUGGGGACGUCACCCUCACCAGCGUCACGCCGACCAUGAUAUAACUACGGUGGCGUCAUCUUAACGCAAACUCAGUGCUCUUGAUACAGCUGUAACAGAACUGCCUUCUUACGUGAAUAA